AAUAAAGUGAUAUCCAUAAUGAACAAUCAUUCUAAUGGUAAUCAUACUAAUAGUGAAAGCGGAGAAGAGAAUGGACUCAUACUUAUGGUAUUUCGAAUACUUGUCUUCGUCGUUGGAAUUUUAGGAAACAUGGCGGUGAUAUUUGUGAUAGUGGUACUAAAAGAACACAGAAGAACUAUUUCUCACUGGUACGUACUUCAGCUUGCAAUUGCCGAUUCAAUGUUUUUGCUUAAUAUACCGUUCAAAAUAGUGGAAGACAGAAACGAUGAAUGGAUUUUUUCAGGCACAUUAUGCAAGAUGAAAGAAACAGUCCUGUUUUUAAAUUAUUAUUCAUCAAUCUUGUUCCUAAUGCUGAUGAGCAUUGAUCGUUAUAUGGCUGUUUGCCACAGAUUCUCGCGUGUUGCACAAAGUUUACGAGCUAGACGAUCUGCUUACAUUAUUACUGUAAUUGUUUGGAUGUUGUCACUUCUUCUGUGCAUUCCAAUCAUGCUUUACAGCGAUAAGCGUGGAAUAGAACCGAAUUGCCAUUGCCAUUAUGCGUUUCCAAAAUCUUCAGAAGAAAUAUGUGAGCUUGAAGGAAUGUGGACAAAUAUUUCUCUGAGGGAAGAGUGCUUAAAAAAACAUUAUGAAUCAAAGAAUAGUGCAAGCUGCGUAAAGCUUGAUUGGAAUUAUGACAGUUACGAAGAAUAUAAUGAUGAUUAUCAUUAUGAUUAUUACGAUGAUACGGAUUAUUAUGAAUAUGGAAGUUCCUCUGAAAUACCAGAAGAUAGAAGCGAAGAGAUUAUUCAUGAAAUGGGAUGCUCAUAUGCAGCGAGUGGUCAGGCUUGGUCCACCUACCUAAUUUUCAACUUCGUCGCAAUGUUCAUCCUUCCUUUGUUAGUAAUGUCAGCAUGUUAUUCUUUGAUCGCUUUCCGUCUGAGACGGUCCCGUAUCCGCCGUUCUACAUCAGCCAAUGAAGUAGCUGGUGUUGAGUUGACAGAACUUGAGAAUGAGCAGAGAAAUCGAGAAUCGCCAAUUGGAAGAGUUCAAAAUGAAAAAAGUCGAAUACGCAUCACGUUCACAUGUUUCAUUCUUGUUUUAUUAUUUCUUGUGUGCUGGCUUCCGUUCCACGCUGUGCAUUUAGCAAAAAUCCGAGGCAUUCCUGGAAAAUCUAGCGAAUAUUGUAGGUGGAUUGCAAUGAUAUCAUCUUUAUUUGGCUAUGUUAACUCCGCUAUAAAUCCAUACGUUUAUAAUUUUAUCGGAACAAAAUUUGGAAAACGAUUCAGAUUAGCCGUAAAGAUGAUCAGAACCUCAGUAAAGAAAAGGACAGUAUCUUCUUCGCCGGAAAGCCAAACGGUACGCUACACACCGGGGAAAACGACUGCAACAACGCAAAUUUAUAUAAAAGAAAAUAUUGAAUUGAAAGCUAUGGACGAAAACUUGAAAGUUGAAACUAUUCAAGAGGAAGAACAAGAUGAUAGAGAGUCCUUGGUUUCUUCGACCUGAACAAGAAUAAAAAGAAAAGCAAUUUUUUUGAAUCACAGUGAUUAAUGCGGUGACGAUGACUAUUUAUGCGAAUGUAUUUGAAGGUGCUAUACUUCAAUAAAUAUGGCAUUUAUCAUAUGACUUUUAUUUAUCAACAGGCACAUUGGUGGAUACCGAUGAGUAUUUGGUUUUCCGCUGUAGAUAUUUUAAAAACGAAUGGCCAAUAUAGAUUAACUAAAUCGCGACUCUGGUUUGAAGGUAUUUUACCAAUAUAGUCAUUGGCGAUGCUAGAUUUGUAUGGCAUAUUUGUAAUUUUCCGAUUGUAUGAUUAUCCAUAGAAUUAUAUAAAAGCGGAAUCAACUAUUGAUAUUUGCACUUGAAUUAAAUCUGUUUUCAAAUAUUAAUAUAAAAUAUAUUUCGAAUGUACUAAAGCCAAU